AAAACGGGAGAACACUGAAUUUAUAUUGGUUGUCACUUUACCCGGGAAAGGAUUUUCCAAAGUCACAGGUCGGAAACAUUCUUAAGAGGAGUCUUUUGUGUGGUGGAAUGAUGUACAGGGGUGGAAAGUGUACUGCUGAAGAGGGGAGUGUACAAGAUGAAUCAGUUGAUCUGGAAUCUCAGGGAUUGUCUCAUUUUGACAUUGGUGCUCUUAAAGUAGCAGGUACUUGCAUCAGCAAUAUCACAGAGCUGAAUUUGAAUUACAACAGCCUGUCUACAUUGCCGGUAGAUUUAUCCAGUGCUCUCCCGAGAAUACAAAUUCUUAGUUUGAGUGGAAACGAUUUGAAAGAAUUGCCAUCUUCUAUAGGGAGCCUUGAAGAGCUCAGAAUUCUGUCUGCCAAUGAAAAUGAGAUUGCGGUGCUCUCCACUGCUCUCUUUCAGCUCCACAGAUUGGAGGAACUUCACCUGCUCGGGAACAGAUUAAAACAUUUGUCUCCAGAGAUCUGUCAUCUUAAAAAUCUCAGGAAUUUAACUGUAGAAGACAACCAACUAAGUGACUUCCCAAGCACUCUGGGAGAUUUGGAGAAUUUACACACCCUUGAAGCAAGUGAAAAUCACCUUGAAACUCUGCCUGUAAACUUUGGUAACCUCAGGAAUCUAGCAAUCUUGAAUAUUGGCAGGAACAAACUUCUGGAGUUACCAGAUAGCUUUGGAGAUUUGCCCUCAUUACAGUAUGUAGAUGUAUCCAACAACUAUCUUCAAGAAUUGACCCCUCGGCUGGCAUCAGCAUCCAGGUGCCUGGUGAAGUUCACUGCUGCUGACAAUCUUCUGAAGAAGUUUCCUCCUUGGAUCGCAGAACUCACUCAAAUCCAGGAAAUCUAUCUAGGAAACAAUUACAUAGAACAUGAGCUUCCAGAAAAUUUUGGGAUCGUAAGCGGAAACACUUUAAGACACAUGGAUGUUGGUGCAAAUUUCCUUGAUCAACUUCCCGAAGGUAUUGGACAGCUGAGAAAGGUUGAAACUCUUCAUUUUGGGAGCCACAUUAUGGAAAUUGAGAGGAGGGCCUUUCAGAAUGGUAAUCGCAUCGUACAGCUUCCGGAAUCUUUCGGACAGAUGAUGAACCUCAGACAUUUACGACUGGAUGAAAAUCACCUGCAUAGUCUCCCGAAUAGUUUUGGUGAUUUAAGUUCCUUGGAAUACCUUGAUCUUGGGCAGAAUGUUCUGAGGAGGCUUCCAGCAUCUUUUGGCUGCUUGCGUUCACUGAAGACGUGUCUCCUGUCUAAGAACAAUAUUGAAUGCCUUCCAGAGAACUUUGGUAACCUGAGAUUACUAGAGAGACUUAGAAUCAAUGCAAACCAGCUGAAAGAACUUCCUGCAUCAUUUGAGCAGCUAGUGAAUCUUCAAACUCUUGAUCUGGUUGACAAUCAUCUAAGGGAGUUCCCUGCAUGCCUCAACAAACUAACUAGUCUAGUCAGAGUUGCUUUAGAUGAUAAUGACUUUGAGCUUGAUAUUCCUGAAGUGCUGAACCUAGACUCAAGGGCUAAGUAUCCUGCUGAUGGCAUUCACAAGUUUAUCAAGACUACAGAGUUUCAUGAUACUGACAAGAUGACAAGUGCCCUUGCGAACGCUGUAAAGAAAGGAGACUCUAUCUGGAAGUCACAUCUUUCUAAUGAUCAGGAUAUGCUGACUGCUUCUCAAAAUGAAGGAAGUGAUGGAGGGACUAGUGGAAGCUGUAGUCAUACCACUGAUGUAGAGUUUACACAUGGCCUUGAUGAUGUCAUCCAUGAACCUGAAGAUUGGGAUAUGGAAUUAGAAGAUAGCAAUCCAUUUAGUUAUGAUGAUAUUCCUGUAUACCAACAUAAAACUUUGAGAAGUCCAAUCGGAACCAACGUUCUCAAAUUCAAUUUUGUACCGUCUGAUGAUCACCCUCCAUGCCUUCCAGUCCCUGACCUUGACCUUGACUUUGAGGAUGGCCAAUUUGAAGAUGCUGAUUGAUGACGAGUAUUAAAUGGAUGAAUGCAAUUGAUGGUGAUUGAUGACAAGAUCAACCUAAAGAUGAAUGCAAUUGAUGGUGAUUGAUGACUAGAUUUACCAAAAGAUGAAUCCAACUGUGGGUGAUCAUUGAUGAGAAUAAUCCAAAGAUAAUAUUCAUAUUCAUUAAGCUACACAUGAAUGCAACUGAUUGUGAUUGAUGACAAAAUCAACUCAUGAAUGCAAAUGAUAGUGAUUGACGAUAUGAUCAACAUAAACACAAAUGCAAUUAAUGCUUAUUGAUGAAAAGAUCUACC